AUGUAUCGCCAAGCAUGGGUGACUGAUGAUGAUGCGAAUUAUCAAACGAUUUUGUGGAGGUCUUCCUCAGAUGAAAACAUAAAGGGCUAUCGCUUGCGAACCAUUACUUAUGGAACAACAUCUGCCCCCUAUUUAGCUACAAGAUGCUUAAAACAGUUAAGUGAAGAUUAUACCGAUAAAUAUCCGAUUGGAUCGAGAAAGGUGUUAUCUGAUUUUUAUAUGGAUGAUUUGAUCAGUGGAUCAAACGAUGAAGAUGAAAUUUUUGAAAUAUAUAAUCAAGUAUCAGCAAUAAUGAACUCAGCAAAAUUUAAGUUAAGGAAGUGGUUUUCAAAUAGUGAAAAAUUUCUUAAUUUCGUACCUGAAGCUGAUAAAGAAAAGACUCUUCGGAUGAAUGAUGAGGAAAUAAUAAAAACUCUUGUUAUCAUCUGGGCUCCAGUGGGAGAUACGUUUCGAUACGUUUGGCCAGAUUUUGAUAGCUCGAAAGCGGUGACAAAAAGAAUAGUGUUGUCGGAACUAUCUAAGUUGUUUGAUCCCCUUGGGCUUAUUAACCCAUUAAUCGUAAAGGCGAAGAUUUUCAUGCAAGAUUUGUGGAUAUUAAAGGCUAAUUGGGAUGAAUCCCUACCAAUGAAUUUACAUAGUCAAUGGAUAGAAUUCCGCGAAAAUCUAAAAGACGUCAAGAAAAUAAGUGUGCCUCGAUUUGUUUUGGCAGAAAAACGAGUUGCUAGAGUUGAAAUGCAUGGAUUUGCUGAUGCAUCAAAAAGAGCUUUCGGGUGUUGUAUUUAUAUCCGCUCAGUAUGUGUGGACAACGACGUUACAAUGCAGUUGUGGAGUGCUAAAUCCAGAGUAACGCCAUUAAAAACUUUAUCUUUACCAAAAUUGGAACUUUUGGCUGCGAAAUUGCUGUCGAAACUAGUGACAAAAACCAAAUCCAAUUUUCUAAUUUCUAUUGGAUUCCGAAAUUGUGCUAGAUUGGCUGAGCGAGCACCCAUCAAAUUGGAACACAUUUAUUGCCAACCGGGUAUCAUUGAUUCAAGAGCAGACAAAAACGUGUAUUUGGCGGCAUGUUCCUUCAAAGUCUAA